GAGGCUGCGGUUGCAGUUGCUGCCGCCGCCGCCUGCCUGCCUGCCUGCCUGGGAUGUCUUGCAAGCAACCUCGCGCGGCGGGGCCGUUGCUGGGCGAAGCCGAGGAGGAGCGCGGAGCUGCUGCCGCUGCUGCAAAAGGUACGUGGUUGCAGCAAAUAAAAGGCGAGCGGGCGAGCGAGGAAGGGGGGCAGCGCCGGCCCUCCCCUCCCCUGCGGGCCGGAUCCUGCCUGCAGUGCCUCGUGCAAAGCGGAGGAGCAGCAGCGGCGGCGGCCGAUGCGGGGGAUCGGGGCGGCCGGAGAGGAGGAGCAGCAGCAGCAGCCCGGGCACGGUGAGGCAUCGCUGGGGGGGGGAGCGGGGGGGGGACACGGAGGGGUCGCCCCCUCUUUCCUCUCUCAGCCCUUUGCACCCCAUCUCCCCCCUCCUCGCAGCUGCCGUGUGAACGGAGCGUGGGGGAGGCGAUCCGGAGCGAGCCUAUUUUUUGGAGGGGGGGUGUUGGAUAGAAGCAGAGGGACCCCCCCCCCCCAGUUUUCCUCUUCCCAGGCUGCCUCUCCUCCUCCCCCUCCUCCCUUUCUUCCUUUCGGGCCUGGGCUGCCUCCGCUCCGGGCGCACGUGGCCGGCCGGCGACGCUUCCUUCCCUUCCCCGCGGCCCGCGCCUCGCUGCAAUCCGGCCCCGCGGGCGCUCCGGCCUCCGCCCAGUCUCCAGUCUCGCGCGGAGGACGGCAGCAGCAGCAGCAGCAGCGGGCGCCUCUGCCACCGGCUCCCCGCGCGACCUUGGCCCUGGCAAGGGGCCCCUUUGCUCCGCCUUGGGCGCGCGGGAGAGGGGUCCCCAAUCCCCCCCCCAUUUUGCAAAUCAAUCAAUCAGACCCCGGGGGGCGGAUUUGUUUCUUGCACGGUGUGCAUUUGGGCACCCCCCUUUUUUGGUGGUGCAUCUGCAACUGGCAAGCAGGAUCCGCUUUGCAGAGCCUCGGAGAAGGUGCCAGGCCGGCAGGAAUCUUCCACAGCCCUUGCAAAAAACCCCAAAAGCCCCCAAGGCUGCAGGCCCCACGGAGGCCUGGCUGCAAAUCCAGCCGCACAGGUAGAGCUGCCCAGCUGCAUUCUGGGACUUGCAGUUUCUUCUCCCCCUCCCCGGAGUGAAGGUGAGGCUGUGAUUUGGCUGACGUCAUCACACUCUUAUCCCCCCCCCGCCUUUGGGAAAAAGGGAGAAGGGCAGGUUGUGUGGAAGGUGGAGGAGUCUUGUCUGGGCAGGUGUGUGUGUGUGCAUAUAUAUAUAAAAAUAAAAUCAUUAUUUUUUAAGGAGGGAGCUUUGGCGCUCCCUGACUCAGAGCUGGUUUGGCAAAAGCCCUGCGGCUUUUGGCACAAUUUCCCCUGCAGGCAGCGCCCUCCCUGCGAGGUCUGCCUUCCGCCCCGGGGAAAAGGAGCGCUGACCAAGCCUGGGGGGCCGGGGGGUGGGGUGGGGGCCAGGGGUCCCUUGAAGGUGCAGCUGCUGGGAUUUAGGAAGCUGAUGCCUUGUGCUGAGUCAGACCACGUGGGUCUCUGUGGCUCAGUGGUGCUUGCUCUGACUGGCAGAAGCUCUCUGAGUCUUUUGGAAUGUGUGUGUUCCUGGCGCUAUGUGGGGGUGUGGUGUGGGGGGGGGUUGAAACAAGCUUGUUUUCUCCUGAGAUCCUGCAACUGGCCUUGUUUGCGUUCGACAUUAUCCUGUUUACUUUGCCCCCCGAAAUCCAGGUUUUGGGUGAGCUGGGAAAAUGCCGGCUGGUGUGGGCCUGUGGGUGUCUCGACCGCUGACCACACCUGGAGAGGUUUUGUCAGCUGCCAGUCCCUUUCGGCUACAGUGGUACCUUGGGUUACAUACGCUUCAGGUUACAGACUCCGCUAACCCAGAAAUAUGCUUCAGGUUAAGAACUUUGCUUCAGGAUGAGAACAGAAAUCGUGCUCUGGCGGCACGGCGGCAGCAGGAGGCCCCAUUAGCUAAAGUGGUGCUUCAGGUUAAGAACAGUUUCAGGUUAAGAACAGACCUCCGGAACGAAUUAAGUACUUGACCUGAGGUACCACUGUAUUUUGGACUGGAGCUCUGCAGCAGCACAGAUACACACCAAAGAAGUGUGCAUUCACACGAAAGCUUAGACCCAGAACAAACUUAGUUGGUCUCUAAGGUGCUACUGGACAGUUUUUUUAUUUAUUUCGACUGCGUCAGACCAACACGGCUACCUACCUGAGUCUACCAUUCUGUGAUUCAUUGGAGGUUUUGAAACAGAAGUUGGCUGUGUGCCAGGGAAUCUUCACCUGCGAUUCCUGCAUUUCAGGGGGUUGAGCUAGAUGACCUUUGGGGGGACCCAUCCAGCCCCACCAUUCUAUGAAACUAUUCUGCUAUCCUCAUGUUUCAUAACUGCCUUGACGCCUGCAUUAUUAUAGUUAUUCUUUUCCUGGUGCCUUUUCUCAUACUUUUAAAACAUCAAUAAAAAUCAUAGGGUGAGGGGAGAGAGACUUUCUCUUCUUCAUCAGGCAAUGGUUUUUCCCACCUCUUUGCCCCCACCCUCUAGCCCUGAGAGCCUUUUCCAGGCCAUGACUUUAGGAACAGCAGAAGCAGCUGGGAAGAGAGGAGCUCACAGAUAUUUUUUUAAAAAACCACAAUUUUGUGUGUCUUUGCUUCUCAAUUUGUAUUGUGUUAUUUUAUGCACCGAGACUUGCUGUUGUUUUUAUUGAUUACAGCUUGGAAAUUAUUGUAAUCGUUAAGAGUGAAUUUCUGUUUAAAUAUUAUUUGCAGAUGUUUAAGUUUAUUGUGUACUAUUCUACUCCUAAUGGAUUACUGAAUAUUAUUUUAUUUGACGUAAGCUGUUUAUUUUAAAGUUAUGUUUUUUAUUAUGACACUUUUCGUAUCUCGCCAGAUUGCUAUAAGGCGUGCGAUCAUUGUUGUUUCUGCAGCUUGUGAACCGCCUUCCGUGUAGUACAGUGGUCCCUCAGUUCUUGAACGGAAUCCGUUCUGGAAGCCCAUUCGGCCUCUGAAACGCUCGAAAACUGAGCUUCUUGCACGUUCGGGUUCCAAAAAACGUUUGAAAAUGGAAGCAUUUACUUCCGGAUUUUCAGCGUUUGAGAACAGAAACGUACGACAACAGAGGCGCUUGGGAACUGAGGUACCACUGUACAUUGGUACCUCAGGUUAAGUACUUAAUUCAUUCCAGAGGUCCGUUCUUAACCUGAAACUGUUCUUAACCUGAAGCACCACUUUAGCUAAUGGGGCCUCCCAGUGCCGCCGCACGAUUUCUGUUCUCAUCUUGAAGCAAAGUUCUUAAGCCGAGGUACUAUUUCUGGGUUAGCGGAGUCUGUCACCUGAAGUGUAUGUAACCCGAGGUACCACUGUACUAGAGAAAGGUGGCAUGCAGAUUACAAGUGACAUGAAAUAUGGGAAAAAAUUAAAAUGAAAUAACUUCCUUGUGCUUUCCCUCUUUCUUCUCUCCCCUUCCAGGAAGCGAGGGCCCCAUGGAGGGAGACAAGGAGCCACCCGCCCGGGGUCACCAGGCUUCCCCGCCGGGGGGUGACAACCCCUUCCCGUUCCCUGCCUGGGAGGAGGGCUCCGGGGACGAGAACGCCCUGGUCAUCCACAGCCAGGUGGAGGAGGAGGAGCACAAAUGUGCGGCGUGUGGCGAGAGCUUCCCACACCCGCUGAGCCUCUUGCGCCACCAGAAGCAGCAGCAUGCGGGCGAGCGGGCCUUCGUGUGCCCCGAGUGCGGGCGCGGCUUCACCCUCAAGCACAACCUCAUCAUCCACCAGAGGAUCCACACCGGAGAGAAGCCCUUCGGCUGCGGCGUUUGCGGCAAGCGCUUCAGCCUCAAGCAGAACCUCCUGACCCACCAGAGGGUGCACGGCGGUGGCGCAGAGGGGGCCCCCUCCUGCCCCGUCUGCGGGAAGACCUUCCGGGAACAGCGCCUGCUCCUUGCCCACCGCCAGAAAGGCGGCUGCGGGCCCCCUGCCCAGGAGAAGCCGGGGGCGCCCUCCCCGCCACGGAUGCACACCCGGGGGAGGCCCCGCGCGCCAAGCGAGGAGGGCGACGUGCAGAGGCCGUUACGGGUCAAGCACCAGCAGAAGCCCCGCCAGAACGGGGCGGCCUUCCCCUGCCAGGAGUGCGGCGAGGCCUUCGGCCGCCGGAGCAGCCUGGCCGGCCACCGCAGGACCCACCACCAGGCUGAGAGGCCGCUGCUGCCGCAGGGCGAGGAGGGCCGGAGGCGCCCCAAGGAGGCCCCUGUGAGCCCCGGCCGGAGGCUCCAAGCGGGAGACGCCCCCUUCCAGUGCCUGACCUGCGGGAAGAACUUUGCGCAGAAGGGCAACCUGGCCACGCACCGGAAGAGUCAUCUGGGGCCUGAGGCACUCGGCUGAGGGCGAGGCUGCUGCUCCGGUGGGCCUCGCCAGGGCGGGGAGGUCGGAGGGGGAAGUGGGCGGCCACGGGGGGUCCUGGAAGCGGAAGGGCCUGUUUGGGAUGUGGGAGCACGGAGGGGCUAUGGGGACUUGGGGAUAAUGCCUGGGAAGGGGAGGUCAGGGGUCUCUCAGCAGGGCAGUGUUUGCCCCGCCAGGGAUAUGGACCAUAACCGCUCCAAGAACUUGGGAUCCCAUCAGCCGGGGGCAGUGAAGUGUUGCUUGGGGACCCCUCUUCCCUUUCUGAAGCAAAAGCCCGUUCUCUACACAUCGGCUGCGUUUCAAGCUUGGGUGUUCCCUGAACCUUCAUGGGUGGGAUUUUUCUCACGCUGUGCCAUUGUUUGGUUUCCAUUUUGGGCAGCGGCGUUGUGCCCCUCUUAAGUUCCCGUUCUCAGCCAUUGCGCCACGCAGCGUUACCUCCGCUCUGGGAUUUCCCUGCGUUUAUGUUCUGCUUCCCGUUUUACAAGUCCGGAUGCCCAGGUUUAUUUCCCCCAAACCCCGUUGGGUGGUUAAUUCCUGCCCUCCCCUAAGAUCCACGCAGCAUGUCCAGCUACAGCCUUCCCUGUUCUUUUGGUCCCGCAGCAGAGUGACGAAGAGUCGUCUGGUUUGGGGGGCUGGGUGGGUCGAAAUUGGUGCCAAAGAUAGUCAACACAAACUCGGGGGUUGCCGGGGGAACAGAACGGGGGUACACUGAGUUUUAUUUGAUUGCGGAGGAUUUCGCCCCACUGUGCGUCUUCUUCCUGUGGAUUUGAACCUGCAGCUCAGGGGAGAAUCUUCUGUUGACAGCUGUGUCUUGCUAAACGCAUUAGAGGAAGGCGGAGCGAUUGCACUAUGUACCAGAGAACCCACACAUUUGCCAGAGAACCCGUAGAAGAGGGCGGAUGUGUUUGCCGGUUGUUGCUGGAAAACGUCUUUGGAGGAGAGAGGAAUUCUGAAGAGCUGUAGCAACAUCCUCUUCUGAACUUCUGGUUUCCAGAGCCUGAUUUCCAGAUCCACGGAAGGAAAAGACCAUGUGGGAGUUUAGACCAUGAAAGGACUCUUUUUGGAUAGCUUAAUGUGGGAAAAAGAAGUGAAUGUAAAAGCUGAAUGUUCUGAAACCACUUAGGUGCCCUGAAUUUUGGGGAUGGUUUUGAGCCGGGAGAGAAACUUCUAUAAAACACUAGAGUGGCCUUCACUGAGGCGGUGUCCUCCACAUGUUUUGGGGCUCCUAGCCCCUCCUCGGCCCCAGCAGGCCCAGAUGUGAUCCCAGAAGCCCUAGCAUCACACAUCUAGGGUUGCUGGAAGUUGAAAACAUCUGGGUUGUGCGAGGGUGGCAAAAGCAAGCUCCGAAGAUCUGAUUGAGAAAUGCGCCUGCUUCAUGCUUUUGAGUUGUGGGAGGGGGGCGGUCUCUCAUCCUUAAACCUUAAACCCUGUUUUGAGGGGGCUUCCCUGGCUGAUCUCCCCUGACCAGGGCAGUAUCCAGCAGCUGCAAAAGGGUCGUGCCACUGAGCUCUGUCCUUCCCCCCCUGGAAUGGACUCUGUCUGCUACGGUGUGGAUGUUUUCCUUCAUUCAGUUUCUCUGUUACACAAGACUUGACUUGAGCGUUCAACAUGUUGACGUACGUUUCAAGCGUUUUUAAGCACUCCUGUUUCAAAGUGUGCACGGCGGGUGGAGAUCUUUGUGGAAGUUGCACACUGCAGCAGCCUUCGGAAAGAAAAGAAAACAAGUGUUAUUUACCUCUGUAGAGAUCUGCACAUGGCAUGUUACCAAUCACUUAAAGAGUUUCGAUCCAAAGUUUCAGUCCAAAGCGCCGCACCAGACUUUGGCAACCUGGUGCCCUGCAAAUGUGCUGGGCUCUGCCAACAGGUAGCUGAUGGGAUUUGUACUCCCAACACACCUGGAGGGCACCAGAUUGGCAGCGGCUGUGCCAAGCCGUUGGGCACAUUCAUGGUUUGGCUGAAUGAGAAGCAUUGUAUGAGGAUGGGCAGGGCCUUCCUGGUGUUGGGACCUGAUGGGACUCAGGGGUUGUACCUGAUGCAGAAUGGAUAUGGUAUUGCUCAGUGUCCUUUGCUGGGUGGCCAGAACAGGUUAAAAGAGUUUUCCUAACUGAUGUGUGAGAUGAGAACCUAUUUCAGGGGUGGGUCCUGGUAAACAGGUGAGCUUGUCCACAUAUCCACCAGGGAACAUUUUGUGUCCAAAUAUAACUCACUAGGUCCUUGGUAAACCAUUUUUUUUUUGCUGUUUUUCUGCAAUUGCAUAAAAGGUGGUGGUUGUCAAAUAUCUUGUGAUCCAUUAUGGGUGGCCAGGGGUCUUCAUUCAGCACAACCUUCAGCAACCUGGUGCCCGCUGAAGUUUUUUGGGACUACAACUCCCAUCAGCCCCCAGCCAGCACAGCACCAUGGGAGUUGUAGUCCAAAACAAGCUCAGGAAUGUUACCACAUUGCUGAAGGUUUCCUUUGCUGGCUCAGAAGAUGGACGGGGCAAGGAAGCAGCCUUCCCUCUGCAAGACACCUUUGGGAACGUCGUAUGACCGGCCUCCCAAGAUGGUCCCAUCGCAAGAAACUCCUGGCGGUUAUACUGCUUAUUCACGUACAGCAAUCUGUGGAGUGCCUCUUUUUUAAAAGGCAAACGGCAACAUUGAAAAGUGGUUUUUGUUUUGUUUUUGUUGAUGCGGCCUUUUCAGAACUGGCAUGGCGAUGUGGUUUUGCAAAAAAGAAGGAUCAUCAUAAUGUGCUGUGAAAAUGAGCAAUUUCCAACCCAGGUCAAUUUUAAAAGUGUUGUCCUGCCUGGAGAAGGCAGGGAUGGAAGUUGCCUUCUGGUUUUUCUCCCCAAGCCUAAAAAUUACUGGGUGAAGACAGUCCUGGGAGAUAGUCACUCAGGUUGAAACUUUGAGAGAAAUGUUGAAUCCAGGGUGUGUGUGUGUGUGUGUGUGUGUGUGUGUGUGUGUGUAAGAGAGAGAGAGAGAGACCCUUCCCUGCUUCUCCCUGACCCCUCAGCAUCCUCUGCAUAAGAACGCCACGUCAAACCUUUAUAGCUUUGCCUUUUGGGUCCCCUGGGAAUAUCCUUCCCCUCCUUCUGCGCCCUCUCCAGACACCCAGAUGGCGACCACUUGGAUGGGACGCGCGCAGCAUUAAUGGUGACUGGAGAGCAGAGAUUCGCCCAGAGCAAGACCUCUCUGCCCCUCAGGGCAACGUGGAUCAGCUCCCCUGGGGUGGUUCUGGCCUGCGGUGAGAGCCAAGAGCCGCUUCUCCCCAGAAGACGCUUGAUGCAAAACUCUCGUGCUUGGAUGAUGCACCUUAUUCCCCCAACUGCUUGAUCCUCUUUGUUGAAUAAAAUUAAGUUUGCCUUUCCUUCGGCUC